AUAUAUGAAAACACACAGCUACCAGGGCUGAGAAACAGACAUCACUUAGGAGGGCUGUCAUGUUCGUGUUUGAAAACCCAGGGAUGGGAAAUAAGCCUGCCUUUUGGUGAGACAGACAUGCCCUGCCUGCAGCCAGGCCUGGUUCCCAUGUUUCUGUGGCUGUUGCUGCUGGUCCUGGCUCCCGGAGGAGAACAAUCACAAGUACCACCCAAAGCUGUACUUCUGCUCAAUCCUCCAUGGUCCACAGUCUUCAAGGGAGAAAAGAUGAUUCUCAAAUGCGUGAAUCACCAUUUGCAAUCCCAGGAAGGCGCAUCUUGGUAUCGGAACGAUAAAUUGAUUGACAAAACACCUGGAAUGAUCCUAAUCAAAACAUCUGGUUCUUACCAAUGCAAGACCCAAGGAUCCUCCUACAGUGACCCUGUACAUGUGGAAUUUUCAUCUGACUGGCUGAUCCUCCAGGUGCCAUACCCGGUCUUUGAAGGAGAUGAUAUAGAUCUGAGAUGCCAAGGGAGGAAAGAAGAGACAAUACAUAAAAAGAUUUACUACAAAGAUGGAAAACAACUUCCUGAUGGUGAUAACUCAGACUUCAUCAGAUUACAUUCAGUCCGCCAAGAUGAUAGCAAAUAUCAUUGUACUGUUUCUAAGGAAUUUUCUUGGGAUUCUUUUUGGAAAGAAACUUCAAAAUCCCUAAGUAUCCAAGUUCAAGAGCUCUUUCCACAUCCUGUGCUGAAAGCCAGUCCCUCCCAGCCCAUUGAGGGAGGCCCAUGGACUCUGACCUGUGAGACACAACUUGCUUUUCAGAGGUCACAUGUCCAGCUCCAGUUCUGCUUCUUCAGAGAUGGCCGUACCCUGGGGUCAGGCUGGAGCAGCUCCCCAGAGCUCCAGAUCCCCAUCAUGUGGAGAGAAGACUCGGGGUUCUACUGGUGUAAGGCAGAGGCAGCAACUCCUAGAAUCACGAAAAUGAGCCGGGUGUCCCGUAUGCUUGUGCAGAGAAUCCCUGUAUCUGAUGUGAAUCUAGAGAUCCAGCCCCCAGGGGGGCAGCUGAUUGAAGGAGAAAAUCUGGUCCUUAUCUGUUCAGUAGCCGCGGGCACAGGGAAUAUCACAUUCUCCUGGCACAAAGAGGGAAUAAGUCUGGGCAGAAAAACCCAGCAUUCGCUGUUGGCAGAGCUGCGAGUGCCCGCCGUGCAGAAGCGUGAUACUGGGAGGUACUACUGUGCCGCUGACAACAACCAUGUCCCCAUCCUCAGCAAACGGAUUACCGUCACCGUGAGAAGUCUUGUGUCCCAACCUGUCCUCACCCUCAGGGCUCCCAGGGCCCAGGCUGUGGUGGGGGACGUGGUGGAGCUUCACUGCGAGGCCCUGAGGGGCUCUCCCCCGAUCCUGUACCAGUUUUAUCAUGAAGACGUCACCCUGGGGAACAGCUCGGCACCUUCUGGGGGAGGAGCAUCCUUCAACCUCUCUCUGACUGCAGAACAUUCUGGAAACUACUCCUGCGAGGCCAACAAUGGCCUGGGGGCCCAGCGCAGUCACGGAGUGAGUCUCCACGUCCUAGUUCCAGUGUCCCACCCUGUCCUCACAUUCAGGAUUCCCAGGGUCCAGGCUGUGGUGGGGGACAUGGUGGGGCUUCACUGCGAGGCCCUGAGGGGCUCUCCCCCGAUCCUGUACCAGUUUUAUCAUGAGAACAUCAUCCUGGGGAACAUCUUGGCUCCCUCUGGAGGAGGAGCAUCCUUCAACCUCUCCCUGACUGCAGAACAUUCUGGAAACUACUCCUGUGACGCUAACAAUGGCCUGGGGGCUCAGCGCAGUGAGGUGGUGGCACUCCGCAUCACAGGGAAUUCCAGGAGAAGAAUUGUUCUUAUGACCACAGGAGUCACUGGGGGGUUGCUCCUCAUCCUUGUCUUUGCUGCUACUUGGCUGUAUCGCAUCAAGAGCCAAAAGAAACCAGGAAGACUUCCUGCCACGGGGACACCUAGUUACAGUCCCAGUGAAUAUCAGGAGACUUCCGAGUUUGGGCCCUCCAGCGUAGAUGCCCAGGAGCCCCCCUACUCUGAGCAAUUAGUCCAUCUGGAUCUGCAGCCAGUGUAUAGCAAUGUGAAUCCUGAAGAAAGAAACCUGAUUUAUUCUCAGAUCAGGAGCAUCCCGAAUACAAACGGCAUUUCAGCCAAUUCACCGCGGACGCCUAGGAACAGUAAGGAACCUGUGGUCAUUUAUUCAGAAUUGAAGAAGGCACAUCCGGAGGACCCUGCAGGACCGGCCAGCCGAAGAGGCAGUGACCAUGAGGACAUUACAGAAAACUAUGAGAAUGUCUCAUGGGCUCCAGCAGCCUGGGAGCACUAGCUCCUCACCCAGAGUGGCCCACAGAGAGCCCGGGGAACAGCCGUGUGCCGUGGACUAGAGAAGGAGGACCAUCUAGCCAGGGUUACAAAGGCUUUACCUAUAGAAUUGCAGUAAAUACACAGAAAUAAUUCUAAGGCUUAAGCAUUAUAACUUCUGUUUUGCAGAUGAGACAGAGGUCCAUAAAGGUUAAAUAGGCCCAGAGAGGCUAUCCCAGGUCAUAUGCAAACAAAAGCCGGAUCCAAAUGCAGGUGUGAUCAGCUCUGAAAUCUGUGCUCUUAACUACUGCCCUACCUUGUUUUCUCGUGACGAGGAUGACAAUAGAAUUCAGAAGGAUCUUACGUGAUAUGGAAGGUGAAUUACAUGCUAUUCACCAAACAGGUGGCUUAAGCAUGUAUAAGUGAUAUUCAGAAUGGACCGUAAGCCUGUAAUCCAUCCCACCACGGAGUAUUCGGCUUCUGUUCUCUCAUUGUCUUGGUUUUGCAUUGUUCAUGGGUCUUUUUUCUCUUCCCUCAGUGAUCACUCUGUGUGCAUUUUGCAUCAAAAUGUUUUUUUUUUUCCUUCUGUCAGAAUCUGAAUGUUAUUGGCAAAAUUUUCAGUCACCCUGGUUGACAGUGUUUAAUGUACUGAAUUCGUUGAUCUCCUGUCACAGGAUCAAUCAUGCGGCCUGCCUGUAGCAGCUCCGUUGUGCCACUUAACUGCAGCGCUUACAGUUUGAAGCUACUGAAGCAUCAGUGCCAACCCCAGAAUCUCAGGAAAUCCAAUGAUUCACAGAACUAGAGGGCAACCGUCGUGUUCCUCAGGAAUUUUUUUUUUUAAUUUGUUCUUUUUAGAUAUACAGGACAGUAGGGUGUAUCUUGACAUAUUCCAUUGUUUAUAUAUACCACAUCUUCUUUAUCCAUUCAUUUGUUGAAGGGCACCUUGGUUGGAUCCAUAGCUUUGCUAUUGUGAAUUGAGCUGCUUUAAACCAUUGAUGUGGCCCCUUCAGUGCAGUAUGCUGACUUUAAGUACUUUGGGUAUAAACCAAGAUGUGAAAUAACGGGUCAAAUGGUGGUUCCAUUCCAAGUUUUCUGAGGAGUCUCCAUUACUGCUUUCCAUUCACUCAGGAAUCCUGGUUACCUGAGCUGACAGUGGAGGAGAAGUUGCAAAACAUUAACUUGUAAGCUCAGAGCAGAACUUCUCAUCUGUCCCCCAGUUGGCUGAGAAACAUUGUCUAUCAUGGACUCAAAACAACAACAUGCUAUUGUGCUUAAGUUUCAGGAGAAUGGACAAAAUCACUUAAAAUUUCUUCAGAGGCAGAAAAGGAGUAACUGAAAUGGUUAGCCUUGAUCACCUGGCAUUACACUUCUUAUAGCUUUCAAAACAAUAGGCCUUAAGAAAAAGAACCUAGUGAAUUCCCUGAUGCAUGUGAAUGGAUCAAUUUAACAACAUCAUGGAUUCUGCACCACCCAUUGUUCAUCACUUUAUGUAAAUAACACAAGAGCACUUGGAAAACCUUGAAAUAGUUCAAGCAUAAAAGUCCACAGUGUAUUUCAAAUUUAUGCCUGGGGUGUCAAUAACGUAGACAAUAGAAAGAAUAACAUGCAAUCUAAUUUGAAGUUUUUAAUCUUAGCCUAAUGAAUUCAAUCAGCAACUGAAGAAAAAAAUCUAUUUUUUUUUCUUGUUAAAGAAAUGUGUAUUUUUUAUUAUGAGAGAAGGGCUUAUAUGUUUUGUUUUCAUAUUAUUAGGGGGUAAAACACAAUCCAGGACAGGGGCCUGGCCUGUAGGGGGGAUCAAAUAAUCCAGUUGGAAUCUUUGUGUGAUUGAGUUUUCUCCUAAUGCCUUUCUACUGGGGGCUCCAGGAAGGACAAAUUGUUCUGUUUGAGGGGGAAAAGACAUGUCACUAGGCGCUUGUUGUAGGAAACCUAUGAUAAAAGGAGAAAAAUUCUCCCAUUGACUUUUGAGAGAUAAAAGGUCUAGGGGAGAAAGUUAGGAGAGAGGCAGUGUGCUACGGACAUUCUCCAGGGGAACGGGUUGGUGGUGCAGGUAGCACCAAGGACAGCAGCCUUUGGAAAGGAGAGAGUUGGGGACAGGUGGUGGGGGGGCAGCUACUGUGCACAGAAUAGUUCUGAGCAUAAUGGGGAACCUCCCUACCAGAAGACCUUAUUCAGAUCCUCAAAACCAAGGCAAAUAGUGGUACCUGUACGUAGUCAGGGAGAGUCUAAGGAGUAUUAGUGGAGGAUCUAAGAGGAAAUUGUUUCCAACUAGUCAAGAAGGUGACAUUGGAGAUUUUGGUAUCAGGGGCAUUAUUAAUUUCUUUCUUUGCAUUCUAUUUAUUUUGUUUAUAAGUUUAUCGAAUAACAAUUUAUGCAAAAUAAAUAACAUGUAUUUAAAGUGUACACUUGAAUGAGUUUUGACAGAUGAAAUCACACGAACGUAAUCAAGAUCCCACACACUUUUAUCACCUUCACAGCCCCUCACCCUUGAGCAAAGAUUGUUCACUUUCACCUCCAUCCCAUUCAAUUACUGCCAUGCUUUCUUCUGUCAUUAUAGAUUAUAUUUUCUAAAAUAUAUAUAUAAAUGGAAUCAUAUGGGAUAGACUCUUUUGCGCCUGGCUUCUCUCACAAAGCAAAAAGAUUGUGAGGUUCAUUCAUGUUGUUUCAUUAUUUAUUUUUAUUGCUGAGUAAUAUUCCAUUGCAUAGACAUAUUUGACGAGGUGUUUAUCUGUUGAUGGACGUUUGGGUGAUUUCACUUGUCAUUGUUAAAAAUAAAGCUUGAUAUAUAUAAA